AUUCUGCCUGGCAGGUCUAUAGUUGAUUCAUCACAACAUAAUCUGGUCUCUUUGGUCUUUGGUUCUCUGCAGAAGUCUUUGGAGUUUGAAGACCUGGGUCCAAAGAGAAUAGCUGUCCUGGAGAAGGAGGCGGAGGAGUGGAGGAGGAAAGCUGAAGAUGCGGUCGCUUCCAUUCAGGACAUCACCGUCACCUACUUUGCACAGACUUCAAAGGCUCUAGCAGGUAUGUUGAAACAAAUGGAGGUGGAUCGGUGCCGCUUCGGUGCGGCCGCCUGGAAGGCUGCAGUUCCUCGACUGGAGAAACUCCGCUUCCUGCUGGCCAAAGAAACACUGCAGCACAUGAGAGCAGCAGAGAUGUGUCUCAACCGAAAGAAAGGCCGUAUCAGAGAGAAGCUCAGAGGCCUGUCCGGAGUCCAGAACCAGACGCAAGACCAGGAACACAUGACCAGCGUGGACCAGUUGGAGCUGCAGUUCUACGAAACCCAGCUGGAACUGUACGACACCAAGUUUGACAUUUUAAAGAAUGAGGAGCAGCUGCUGGUGGCUCAGAUAGAGACGGUGCGACGACAGAUUAAAGAACUGAAGGAGGAGGUGGUCUACUAUGAUGUUUGUGAAGACCAGGAGGAGCUGCAGAGCAUGGUCCACACAGGCCCGCAGCACGGAGACUCUGCAGCCGUCCAUCAGCACAGAAGACACCUGCACUCCUUAGAAGCUAAGAGAGGCGCCAUCUGUGCUCGAAGAGCUUAUCUACGCAGCAAAAAGGAUCAGUGCAUGGAAGCAAGAGAGCAGAAGACACAGGCAGCCAAGCAGAUGACUGACGUCUACACCCAACACCAUCAGGUUCACCUGAAACGGGAGCAAAAGAAAGAAGAGGAUCAGAGGAGAAAGGAGUGGGUGGACCAGGAGCGAGAGAGGACUCUGAACAGAUUAAGAUCUUUCAGACAGAAACGUCAGGGUCAGUACAACCUUAAAGCUCCUUGUUCGUGGUCGUCACCAUCAGAAGUCCCCGACUCGUCACAGCCACUGUCCAUCAUCAGCCUGGGACCGUCUCUGUCCGGGCUGGACGUCCCUCCUCUGUCUGUCUGUUCUGAACCCAGACGCAAAAAAACACCCAAGAAACCUCGGGUUAAAGAUGUCACCGUUCAGAUCUUCUGUGCUGCUCCCACUGCGCCUCCUCCUCCUCCUCCACCACCGCCUCUUCCUCCUCCUCCUCCUCCACCACCACCACCACCGCUGCUGCUCCCUCCUGUCCUCGACUCCUCUGAGGACACACCCAAGGCUCUGAGUGACAAACAGGAGACUCCUUUUCCAGCCAGGAACACGCUCAAACAGAACAUAGGAACAAUGGAUGAAGUGCUGGCUUCACUGCAGAGAGGACAGCUCCAGCUACGAAAGGCCCCCACUCACAAGACAGCGCCACCUGCUGAGGAUGCAAGAAGCAACCUGAUGUCUGCCAUUCGACAGGGCGUCAUUCUGAAGAAGGUGGUUCCCGGUCCACCUGAGAGCCAGAGCAGUGGAGACAACGAGCUGGAACGAAGCAUCAAAGCCGCCAUGAUGAGGAUGAAGAAGGUGUCCGCAGACUCCGACGAGGAAGACGAGGACACGCAGGGCACAGAGUGGGACAUCUGAGAGGAGACGGUUUACUGCUGCUGCUGCUGCUGCUGCUGCUGCUGCGUCUUUAUUUUAUAUUUUCUGCCAAAUUAGAGACAAAAUCUAAAAACACAGGUUUUAGUUUCCCUCUGACUGAAAACCAGACUCUUACCAACAAUCACGUUUCACAGCCGUGAGAAGUUGAAGUGAGAGAAAACCAGACGAGUGUGUCAUAAAUGAAGACGUUUUUUAUUAUUAUUAUUAUUAUUAGUCGACUUUACCAGAUCAUCUGUUCUGCUGUCCCUCCCUCCAGUUUUAUUGACAACGUUCAACAACACAGAGUCGACAGGUUUCAUUUUUAUCAGCAAUCUUCUUUUGACGACCCACACCCCCACAAAUUGAAAUACCAUUGAGAACCUGAUAACAUGUAUAUUUUUAUCUGUACAAACCACUGUAUGAGUUGCUGCCACCUAGUGACUGGAGGCUUGUUAUUAUUCAAGCAUUAACAGCAGUGGUACACUUAUGAUCAGCGUGCCAUAUUCCAUUGGAAGCGAGUUGACUCAUCCCACGAGUCAGCGAGUUGUUUCCCAAAGACAGGGUCGCAACCCUCAGGUGGGACGCAAGAGAUUUUUUUUGGGGGGUCGUCUCGCAUCAUGUUUCCCAGGAGUUUAUGAAUAAUGUCUAUUGACUUGGGUCGUGAAUGUUUGUGACUUUUAAAAUAUGGGUCCCCAGAAAAAAAGUUUGGGAAACACUGCGUUAGCGUAUUGAGAGCUGGGGGUUUUUAACCGCUCGAUUUACCGUAGGACAAAUCCUACGGUAAAUCUCGCUCCUGUCUUUGUCCUUGAUGUUAAAAUACUGCACAUAUUUAAAUGAGGACGACCCAAAGUAAAGAAACACACAGCACUGCAGCUGUGUUCAAGUACCAGUAGUAUCCCUCGAUUAAAACCUGGAUUUACAUCAAUUUUUUUAUUGUAGAAGAACUUGAAUGUUUGACAUAAAGUACAUCAACUGCAGUAGCUGCCCUGAAAUUUUAUUUAUUUAUUUUUUUAGAAAUCCCAAACUGAAUGUUUUGAUGCACUGCCUGUGGAAGGAGAAAAAGUAGCUGAAGUCGUGUCUGCAGAGCUCUGAGUCUGGGAAGGUAAAAAAAAAAAAAAAACCCCAUGUACUUCACAUCAGACGACACACACCUGCACUGACACGACGACGCAGCCGUCUGAGUCUCAGCUCUGCUGCGUUUAAAUACACCUGGUUUUCUCCAUCAAGGGCUGUGUCACACUGAGUGUGUGUGUGUGUGUGAGUGUGUGUGUGUGAAGAGUGGAUUUACUGCUGUUAUUUGUCUACACCGACCUGUUGUCACGUGAUGUGGUGUUUUUAAGGCUUUCUCUCUCACUAUUGUUGUUCAUGUACCACUGUAUGUCCACGUGUCUUAUCUUUAGUCCACCAUGUUUCUGUAACCGUUAACCCUUUCAACAAACCUUAUGAUCUAAUUGCCUUAAAGUGUAACACGUUACUGUGGUUGAUUGUCAUCGUCAGUUGAUCCAGUUGGUAAUUACUCUGAGAAUCUGUUCAUACACAGUACUGUGCAAACUUACUGCGCAGUACUGCGAACUGCUGUAGAGUUCAACACUUGUCAGUUGUUUUUCUUUGUCGAUUUACAGAAGACCACGUACACUAAUAAAAAGACGCAUUUAAAUAAAA